UUUAAAAUAUACAUGAAACAUUUUUAGGUUUACCCAGAGAUUCACACUUGAUUUUUCAGUAUAAUAGAUGUAUCCAAAAUUCGGUAGAUAUGGCAACUCUGUGAAAAAAUAGUCGCUGGGGUCGCUGUGGGUCGCUGGAUAACCACAGCUGGUAAUUUUCACUGUGCCUUCACGAUCUGUGCAAGAGUAAUUACGCAUUUGCACGAUAUUUAAAUACAAAUUUUGUGCCAGUAAACCCCAAGCCUGGAACACCGUUUUGUGAUGCACUAGUACAAAAGUUAUGGUGUUAAGUGGUGGCGGUGUCCCCAACAUCUUUGAUAAAAUACAGCCAUUUUUUUAUCUUGCCAUGUAUCCUGCUAAUGCAUAGAGUGGUAGCAACCAUUAAGUCCUCUUAACAUUUGCAGCAUUGACAUAAAAUAAUGGCCGCCGUUGUUGAUCAGUUCCUAAAUAAGUUCCAAAAUAUAGAAGGCACAACCAUUGCAGCCAGGCAGAAAAACUUUUUCAAAUUGUUGCAUGAGAUUGCACCAUUAGUGAAGGACAAUGUAAAAGCACUGGAUGCCAUUACGUCAAAUUUAAAUCCUCAAACUUACCUGGAGAGCACAUUCAGACUGAAUUUUCUAAUUUAUUUUCGAAGAUCACAAGAAUUACUGCCUUUAUUGAAAGAGGGAAACGAUGUUUUUGUCAGCAAAAUAGCGAAGCAAGAUUGGUUUUUUAAAGAAGUGCUUGUGGAUACUCCAGCAGAUCAACUGGUAAAUGAAAUUUUACCAUGCAUGUCAUUUUCGGUUCGUAUGAAAGUACUGAGGAAGUUGAGUAAAUUUUCACAGAGUGAAAAGUUUGAUGAAAUUUAUGAUGGUCUUGUUAAUCGAUAUGGAAUGUUUUUGGCGUCACAGUUUAUUACUGGGUGUGGUCCUGCAAAAGUAAGGCAAAUUUUACUUGAGUAUCCUAUUAAAUUAACAUCAACACAGUUGAAAAUUUUGCAUUCAAAGGAUCCGCAGCUCAUUGAUUUUUACUUUACUGCUACUAGAACGUCUUUGCAUGGAUAUUCAAAUCUGAUAAAGUUUAUUUAUAGUAAUGAUCGUGCCUUGUUUGAUGUUCUAAAUGAUAAGUAUCAUAUAUCCAUACGCCUUGGUCGAAGAGCUACAAAAAAGCUUGUAAUGGUUAAAAAAGAUGACAUAGUCAAGAAUCCUUAUAACUUUGAGCACAUAAACAUGAAAGCCGUUUUAAGAAAAAUUGGUAAAGAUUCUGUGCUGCUUUUUAAAAAUGCCCUUCCUGCUCAAGUGUCACAUUGCCUUAAUAACAAUUGGCUAUUUCGAAGUUUCCCCAAAAAGUACCAUUACAGUUUAUUUGUAACAAUCUUUCAGGAACACUACAAGAUAAAAUUAGCUGAUUAUCCUAACUUAAUUAGCGAGGAACUUCUAAAACUAAUACCUGACAACGUGGAACGGGCAGUUUUAGCAAAAGUUCUAGUAGACAUUGGCCGCGAUGAGUACCUCAGGUACUUACUUAUUGAAGAUUCUGUUCGAUUAAUCAAAGAAAUAAUUAAUGUAACGUCAGAUAUUUAUGAAAGGGGUAAAUUAGUAACACAUUUAAUUGAAACGUGUCAUAUUAACAAAGACAUAGGCGCUCUAUUUAAAGUUAUGAAAUAUUUUUGUUUUAGACACAAAAAUGACGAACUAAAUGUACAUUUGCAGUUUAUAAAUAAUAUUGAAAAUCUUUUUGGUUUUAAAGAAUUCACUGAAGAGAUGUGGACUACGUUAAAUGAAUUGUUGACCAUUCACAUGUUGAAAUUUGAUACUCGUCAAUCCACGUACGAAAAAAUACAAAAAAUGCCUUUAGUUAGUUUUAAUUUGGGAACUUCUGUUUACCAGAAACUGUCUUAUUUGGAGUUUUUGUUCAAAAAGGGCGACGUGAUUGAUGAGUUAAUUAAAGAAUACUUCACUAGUAACACUGAGUUCCCCAUAUACAGAAAUUACGAUGAACGGUUUGGGAAAUAUUUCUUGCUUUUCGCUAUAAAUAAUAUGGCUCAACAAAGCAAUAAUAAUGAUCAUGUAACUUUUAACUAUAAGUUAAUUUGUGAGAUAAAUAGUUGGAGUAAUACCUACAAACUUGAUCAGUUAUCAUUUUAUGAUUUUCCAGUAUUACUUUCUGCGUUUAAUUAUAUUAUUAGGAACGGACGUCCGUUGAAUUAUCCUACCGUAUUUCGUGUGUUCCGCAAUAAAAUUUUUACCACAGAAGAAAAUACUGACAGAAAUGAAUAUAUGCAAAUCUAUUGGGAGCGCCAUGACGCGUUAAUACAGUUAACUGAUAUUUGGUGGUUUUUAAAAUACGAACCUCUUACUAUUCUUACCCAUUUUGAUGUCGUUUUUAAAAAGUUGACCGAAAUACCCAAUUUGCACUUCUGGAGACAGAUUAAAAAGUUUAGUCACUUGCACCUGGAUGAAAAAUCAAUUCAAUUAAGUUUAGCAACGCUAAGUGAUGAGGAAAGCACUGAAAUGAAACCAAAUUUUGUACCUUCUUUGUCUGUUUUAAUGAAACCUGGAGAUUACGCGGCAUUAGCAGAUUCAUAUAAACCUGAGAACAAAAAACUAGACCUACAAAACGAAAAGGAAGUCAGGCGCUAUACUUUGCAGUGUGCGGUAGCUACGCAUUUUAAAAACACAAAAUAUUACGAGCUGCUUCCUUCAUUGUUGAACUACUGUGCUGGUGAUUAUUUUAAAUAUGCUAUGAGAUCACUUUACAGUUUGCUAUAUCGAACACCGGAGAACGCACUUCCUCAGUAUUUGAAUUACUUAGCGAAUAAAGCCGUAUCAGUACGAAAGCAUGCUUUAUACAUGACAUGUGAACUAACUACUUCGUCGAAAGUUGAACAUAUGCUUAGAUUGUUAAGUAAGCAAGAAGAAGUACAAUCGCUUCAGAAGUAUAUGUUUUUAAGUACAAUCCAAUACUUUGUAAAAAGUCCAAGCGAUUCAAUAUUCGAGUUAGUUAAGCUGAAUAUGCUGUUUAUUACCCAAGCUGACGAAGAAUCUUUGUACGGUAUAACCCGACAUUUGAUUAAAAUGCCUCAGAAGUAUAAGGCCCAGUAUAUCCUAUGCGCAUGGAACCACCUAGAAAAAACCGUGACUGUGUGGGAAAAAUUGCGACCCUUAAAAGAAAACCUCCUUGGCUAUGUGAAUUUGGCAGUAGCUAAGGAAAUAUCAUUAGAAGUGGGCAUGCAAAUUAUUGAACAGCACUUUAUGACAGAGAAGGGAAGCAGAGAGCUGAACAAUAUACAUCCAUUUAUGUUCAUCUUUUACAGUAGCCAGGACGAAAAGAAAUUUAUUCUUGAGAAAAUACUCUCCAUUGUCGACCAGUGCAACAGUAAAAAACAAAAGUUUGAUUUUUUUUAUAGUUGGUAUCCUGAAGUUAUGAGAUCAACGAUGGAAAAUUUACCGUACAUGGACAAGUUUGUCGAUUACUUUGAAAGUAAAUGUUCGCAGGUGGUAGAUUUCACAGAAUUAAUUAAAAUCUAUUUCUUACAUCGCAAACUGGAAAAAAGUAAAUGGGAUGUUGAAGAGCUUUCGGAGAGACUUGUAUCGUACUAUACAGAUGUAUUUUUACUAUAUGGAACGCAUGUGAGUCGCAUAUUUGCAAGGGAAAUGGAUUCUAACUUGUCAUUUUUUGCAAAAAAUGGUGCUGCAAAAAAUGAAUUUUACUUGAGUAUGCUGAAGCGUAGUCCGACUCACCUCUUUGCAGGUAUGCUGAUAGAAGUAGUUACUGAGCCGUCAUGCGGCGACUUGGCAGCCAGCAAAGCUUUGAAUGAGUUUUUACGAAUUUUCAAAACUGUGCCAGACCUAGGAGCACAAGUUUGUUUACGGUAUAAAAAGUACAAAUGGUAUACCAGAAUACAUCCUGAAGAUAUGGAAAUAGAUUAAGAUAGUUUAAAUAGAUAGUAAUUUAUUUUAUACAUUAAAUUAUAAUGCAGAGAGUGAAUUUUAUACCUAUAAUAUAAUAAUAAGAAUAAUGUAUUUUUCGUGGUAAUAAUUACAAAGAGUUUUUCACAUGUCUGUAAACUUAAAUUUAAUAAACUAUGAUACAGAAUAGAAAA